CGCGCGCGCACCUGACGCCGCCGGUGGCGCCAGCCGCGCGGCCCCGCCGCCGCGUCCCGCACACCCGCACCUGAUAGACGUUAGCAACCGGCUCCCUAGUUUGUGGGAGAUUUGAUUUGUUGAACAUAAAAUUGGGGAAAAUUUUCAUGACAAGUUUUUGGUGAUUUUUACUGCAAUAAUAUUUCAAAUGCACAAAAGUUAUAUGUGGUUUGCAGUAUUUUCUCAUAAAUUUUAAAAUGUUUGUUAUCUGGAUACUUUAGACCUUUUAAUAGAGUCACGUUGUUGACAAGAUUAUAUUUUUGCCUGAUUAUAGCGAUUAGAUAAAAAUAGAAUGAAAUUAAUAUCACGAGGUAAUGUCGACUUUGGUAGCGCACGUUUGUUAAACAAUAUUAGAAAAAAUAUUUCAAGUGACUUCUGAAGAGACUCCAGCAGAGUUGUCAUGUUAUUUAUUUAUAUUUUUAUAACAAAUUAUGACAUUUUUUUCAAAAUUGCCUUGUUAAAGAAAAAUGUCUUCUAUAAAAAUGUUAAGAAAAUAAUAAAUGGGGUAUUAGAAUGAGGGUAAAUUGUAUUCAGGUGUUGCACACCAGGCCGCGUCACUGCACUAGCCGGCGGAACGUAGUGUCCGUCAGUCGAGUGCCCGCACGCGGCGAGCGAUGACGUGCCGCCAGCGUGAGUGUGUCGCGUGGCGCGAACGGCCGCGCGACUUGUGACCCCGUCGUCGGCAUGUGAUGUUCCGGAGACGCGCGCUGCGGCGGCGGCUGGAGGCGGCCGGCGCGCCUUCCUUGUCCGACGACCAGCUGCGGCGGCUCGCGAGGGCGUUGGACGCGGGCGCCGUCGGCGGGGAGUGCGUGCCGGCCGGUCACGCCGCCUCACAACUCCGACUCGCAGUCACCCGCCUCUCCAGGUUCCCCGACCUAAGAGACUCCAGCGAACUUCGCCGCCUUCCCCUGUGCGCUGACCAGCAGUGCUGCAACCCGUACCACUGGAGCCGUCUCUGCAAGCCCGAAACCCCUCCUCCACCUUAUAGUCGUUACGCAAUGGAAGACCUCAAACCUAAAGAGCAUGGCGAGAGUACAGAGGACGCCCGGAGGACGGACCAUGAGCGGCUUGUCUCAGGAUCCCUGGCUACUGACGGUGAAGAACGCCAGAGCUGGGAUUCAGAAUGGUGUCGGCUUGCGUACUGGGAAUUGACCCAGCGCGUGGGUCGUCAGUUCGGUGUCCGUCUGAGGGCAGUAGACGUGUUCGGUGGGGGCGGAGGGGCCUGUGGGUCUGGGAGACAUGGGCUGUGCUUGGAUGCCUUGGACCAAAGGGGAGAUUCACAGCAGGCUGAUCAGGUGAAGAAAACUAGAGCAAAGAUCGGGCUAGGCGUCACCCUGUCGCUAGAAUCGGACGGGGUGUGGCUCUACAACCGCAGCCAGGAGCCAGUGUUCGUGAGCUCUCCAGCUCUGGAUGCUGCUGCAGCCAAGGCCCUGCUAGUGUGGAGGGUGGCUCCAGGCCACUGUCUCUGUAUCUUCGACCCCUCUUGCCCACCUCCAGCGGUCUCGUUGCCCCACAUUGGCCCUGUAGACCCAAGGUCGGUGAGGAUCUCGUUCGCAAAAGGCUGGGGCCCUAAGUACUCGAGGCGGGAUGUGACGGCGUGUCCGUGUUGGCUGGAAGUCUUGCUUGCACCUCCGAGCUGACGCAAAUAAAGUGCAGUGGAUUUUGUGCGGCUGCUGGCUUUGGGAUGGAGGAGACCGUAUUGCCUAAACCCACGGGUACUCCCCGCGGCGUAUUGAUUGUCCAAAACUGAUAAUGUAAAAUCCGAUUGUCGAUAAAAUAGGCCAAUCUAAUUUCGAUUUAAAAAACUACUUUAAUCACCAUAUUUUUUCUCGGUCCUCUCAAAGCAAGCAGCCACACAAACAUAAUUAUGAACUCAAAACAGUGGAAAACGGACCAAAAGUGAAGUGAACUUUUUCUAAUGAACUCUGUGAAGUUUUGUUUAAUGGACGUUAUGAUUUUGUACACUCGUUGCCAUGGAAAAGUCUUCAUCUAGAGAUAGAACAAGCAAUAGGGAACCUGCUCAUUCCCUCUAAAAAUGAGAGCAUUAAAUAUACUUAUGAAGUAGUUCAUACUUAGAAACAAAAUUGUUUUUAUUCUCUAGCUGACCAAUUUUCCAGGGCCUCGAGUGUACAGUACAGUGCGUUGCACACUUAUUAGAACCCGGAUCUGGGUGAUUUUUAUACAUCUUGUUGGGAAUAAUGGUACAUUAUUGUUUUGUUAUCAUUAUCUAUUUGUUACUUAAAUCAUUACCCAUUAUGCCGUGGAUAUUUCUAAGAGACUUAUAUAAGACUAGUCUACCCUUACUUGGCUUGGUGUUCUCACUCCAUAUUGCGCGUGAGAGUACCAAGACGGCAGAAUGUGUACUUUUUUAAUCAAGUCAUUUUUGACAAUUACCAUAAUAAUGUAAAUAGUGCAGGUUAUAUGCGACGUACGACGGUGUUGAUGGACGCAUGGUGUAAUGGAUAAACCUGAGGAUCAUAUUGAUCAUUCCCAUUCUAUCGACAUUAUUGUUCAUUCAUUCACAUCAGUACCCUUAGUACGAGUUAGCUUUACGUUUAACAAUAUCGAAAGGAGAGUGCGUACGGCGCUGUGAUUGGCCGGCUUGAAUGAACUAACCAACCACAGCGCCGAACGCGCUCUCGUUUCGAUUACGUUAAACGUAAAAUAAACUCGUACUAAGGAUACUGUUCAUUACUCCAUUUUGAAAGUGUAAUUUUAGCUACUCUCUUAGAUUGGAGCUAGCCAAUUUAGUUGUGGAGUAACUAGUUGAGAUACCCUCAGAUUUCUCUCUUGCAUCACAAGUCCUAUCGAAGUUGAGGCCUUAGAUGCGGAGUAUAGUGAUCUUGAUCUAUACAAGUUUUCUAAAAUUGUACAUAUUGUAAAAACUCGGCUUUAAGACAUGCGAGACUGUAUAUAUAGUGUUACAUGUAUGUACUAUAAAUAUUUGUAAUUAAUUAUUUAUAAUUAUGGAAUAUGCCUUACCUUAGCAUGUAAUUAUUUAAGUGGUAGUAUAUAAUUUCAACAUUUUUUUUUACAAAAACGUACGUAUACAUAAUGGAAAAUAUAAUUUGACGCAACGUUUGUAUUGGAGAAUUCGUUUCAAGUGAAAAAGGCUGUGUGAAAAGCAUUUUUAUUGACUUCAAGUGGAAAAAAUAGUGUUUUGGGAGAUUUUUGAUAAUAUUCCAUAUGUAUAAAAACGUGCUGUUAUAGGAAUAACACCUAUUCUGUUUAUUCAAGAACCAAGACUAAAAAAGCCACUUGAUUUCUUGGCAAUGAUAUUAACUUUUUAUAUGUAUGGCAUUAUUACUAGGAAUGUCUCAGAAUCGAUCGUAAUUAUCUCAAUUCUGUGAGUUAUGGGAGCAACAUGGAUUCGCUUAGAGUUCUAAACAAUUUAAGUUUAAAGAAAGAUCUGCCGAUAUAAUACUUUUGUAAAAGUGCAAUCUUAUUGAAUUAAAUAGUUUUAAUAACAGAUAAAAAUGUGCCUUGCGUUAUAAUGGAAUAAUAAUAUUAAAUAAUCGGGUUAUCCUGAUUCGUAUGUAAGAAACAGUCAAUUUCACUGGCCUAUAAGAAUUCUAUACAUUUAUAUAUACAUUAUAUAAUAUGAUUUUUAUUGUGAAGCUUGCUUCCCACUAUGGCGUAACAUUGGCUGAAGAUAUAUUAAAACAGUUGUACUGUUGAAAUGUAUCUUUUUGCAUGCUACGCCCUAGUGGGGGGCAGGCGUAAAUCCUCGAAUUUAAGUGUAUAAUCGCUUAGACAAAGUGAUUGGACAAUAAGAAAUAAAAUCUAGUCUAUGUAGCGACAGUGCUUGUUCGUUCUGAUCCAGCAGUGGAGUCAGGCCAGUUUGGACCAUUUUAGACUAUAAACGUCUAUUUUCUAUAAGAUUUUUAAGUACAAUGCUAAUAAAAAAUAAUAAAUCAACAAUAAAUAUUUGACCCAAAGAAAAGAAAAUAUCAAUUGAAAUUAAUAAUUUUUUGUCUACAUUUUUUUUCAAAACGUCCACUGUGCAAUAACGUUGUACUGAAAAAUCUAUAGCAUUUGUUUUUUUUGGAAAAAAUCAUGUAAAUAAUGCGGAUGGCAGCUUGUUCACAAUAAAUUGUAUUUUAUGCAGUCACAAAAGCAUAAUUAUGAGUUAUUUAUUAAUGUUUCGGGGUAAAGCUGUUUAGUCAAUGCAUUAGACUGAUGUAGCGCCUUAAACGAAAUCAGUUUUGACGUAUUUUUAAUUAUUUUUCACCUUUAUAAUUCAGCAAUAAUAAUAUAAUUUUUCGUUAAUUUUUUCACGUCAUGUUCCAUAAUAGUUUAAUAGAUACCUGCAAUAUCUCCAGGUUUUAAUGUUUUUUUUUUAGGAAAAUAAUUAAAAAUACGUCAAAAACUAAAUAUAAUAUAAAAUUUAAUAAUGUAGAUAGUAAUUGUUCUCCCUGAUUCGCCGGUAAAUUGUUGUGAGUUUGACUGAAAAGAUGGAUGAAAUUAGGUUAUGAUAAAUUAUAAAUAAAAGAGAAAUAUUUUUAAAA